GGUGCAUUGGGGAGACAAGGAAGACACUAGAAAGACUGUUGUUGAGGGUGUUGAAUUGUUAGUUGGAGGUGCUGAAGGGACACUAGCUUGGCUAAAGGGUAGUCUUGUUGGAAACUUGAUGUGAAACUCCGCGGCAGCUGCCAUCCGAGUCAUAGCUUACCUCUAGCCUCUGCGGUAAUGCAGUUGGAUGAACUUCCUGCAGAGCUGUAUGCUGCAAUCAUCAGUCACCUGCCAGCAGACUCGCUCCAGCAAGAUGUCCUUGCCCUGACAAGAGUGUGCCCCAGAUCGCCCGUGCCUACCCAUAGUCUAUUCGAGCACAUACGCCUCAAACACGCGCAGCAAAUCGUUCAACUAUACCGUCGCUUGCACAAUGCUACUGACGAGAGAAAAUGGGUCAAGGACUUCGGUAUCGUGACUUGGACUGUCGACGCUGAUGUCCUCGUUAAUUUGCUUGAGAUCCUCCCUAGCAUAUCUUCUCUCCUUCUCUUCGUGGGACCCAGUUUCGCUCCAGAGCAUCUUGAGGAGAUAUUUCAUAAACCGAGAGAAGAUCUGCGCUUUCUCUCUUUACGCUUCCGUCCAUACGUGAAUCGGGCCACAUAUUAUCAAUUUCUCAAGGGAGCUUACUUUGAUACCACCCUAACUGCACUUUCCCGCUGGCCUCCCUGCGAGUUGUCGACUCUAUCUAUCGUCCAGGAUCCCCUUGACCCAGAGAUAUCAAGUGCGCAGCAUUUCGCACAGCCCCUUGUCUUCUUUAGACUCGAUCCAAUAUCCGUCUUAUUGUGCUCAGCGUACAUCAGCUCAUUGACUCGCCUGCGUCUCCGCAUACCAUCUCGUCAAGUCUCCCGUUUCAUCAGCAGCAUCCCGUCUUCCGUCCCUGCAUUACGCCUUCUUGAUCUGUCCACAUGUAAUGUUCUCGUCUCGGAUAUGGAGGGGAUUCUCAUUCGAUUUCAUGAUUUGCAACAUUUGAUUCUUGAUGGAUGCGGCGUUGCGCGGGACCAAUCGCAGGCGAGUGAAUGGAAUAACAUCGGAAAGAUAUGCGCAACCGCAACCGUCAGACGAGCAAAAGCAAGGGAAAAAGUGCUCAAGACUUGGUUGGAACGCAAUGCAGCCACUACCAGUACACCAGCAGGCAUGCCACAGCCCGCAGCAAGACGUAUAAGACCAGGUCGUCGUGGUCUUGCCACAGCUACCAUCUCGUUUAGGGAGGAACCUACCGCAUCAGAGCCAGAUAUCAUCCAUGUACCUGCUGGAAUAGUUAUUCCUAAGGUACGCGUCGUUCCAUCGCCACCGACGCUGCUCUCCCUGUCUACAUCAUCUGCCUUUAUCCCCGAUGUUCAAUAUGAGGCUAUCCGCGAGGACUUUGAAAGGGGCUGGAAUGAAGGUCUGGCUCAGCUUGCAGCCGUGAAAUCCAGGCUUUACCAAUCUUGGAAAAAUGGCGUGCAGAUGAUGCGCAUUACUGCAGAUGCCAGUGGGGACGGAUAUAAUGGUCUGGAAGCUAUAGAGGUCGAGGACGCAUUCCACUCUGGACUAGAUGAUAACGCGAGUCUGGCUCCGCCUAUAUUAUGCCUUGCAGGUUCAGGAACUUCAGGAAAGCACAUCGAGGGUUGUGGUCAUAACAUUGCUAGGGACGUCUGGAAUGAUAUGAUCUAGGCCAGGAUAGUCACCAUAGGCACACCUUCAUCUAGAUGCUUAGAUCUAAUGAUAUGUAUUUUACGGUUGAAUUGUGUUAAAACCUGUUAAAACCUUCAAGUGGCAAAUGGACGCUUGACAUUACACUGCGUCGGUAUCACGACGUUCCUUGUCUCCUGUAAAGAAACCUCUCAGCCAUGUCG